UGGUGACAGUCGCGUGGUGAGCGUUGCCACCCAUCGACCUGAGCCAUGAGCGUGUCCCGUAGACUGCUUGCUGUCGCGCGGCGGCAGACACCAAAUGUACAAAGCUACACCAGGACAGCCUCACGACCGUCAAUUCUUCAAGCCACCAGAAACAUACACCAACAAUCGCCGCCCAGGGCUCAGCAGAAUGCGGCAGCCCGAGCUGAAGAAGACUCUAUACAGAGCGAGUCGCUGAACCCAGCAUUGUCAUUCCCAUGUCUCGACGCCCUCGAAUCGAAGUCCGCGAAACUCUCGAAGCGCUCGACCGAAGGCCCCGAGCCAUCGUAUACAUCUGGACACACCGAGGUAUUCCAUUCGGAACAGCCCAUACUCUUGGACUGGGGCGGUAUACUGCCACAGUUUGACGUUGCAUAUGAAACCUGGGGCAGUCUGAACCAGGACAAGAGCAACGCCAUCUUGCUGCAUACUGGCCUCUCAGCCUCAAGUCAUGCGCACAGUACCGAAUCGAACCCCAAGCCAGGGUGGUGGGAGAAGUUCAUUGGACCUGACAGGCCCCUGGAUACCAACAAGUACUUUGUCAUCUGUACCAACGUCAUUGGAGGAUGCUACGGUUCGACGGGACCCUCUUCGAUCGACCCUGCGAGCGGCGAACGUUAUGCGACACGAUUUCCCAUUCUGACAAUGGAGGACAUGGUACGCGCGCAGUUUCGACUGCUAGACAACCUGGGCAUCCAGAAGCUGUAUGCAAGCGUGGGAUCCAGUAUGGGUGGCAUGCAGAGUCUUGCUGCGGGCAACUUAUUCCCUGAACGGGUUGGUCGCAUUGUCAGCAUCAGCGGUUGUGCUCGUAGCCACCCCUACAGCAUUGCCAUGAGGCAUACGCAAAGACAAGCACUCAUGAUGGAUCCCAAUUGGGCUCGAGGCUUCUACUAUGACAGCAUCCCUCCUCACGGAGGCAUGAAGCUGGCUCGUGAGAUCGCAACCGUCACAUACCGAAGUGGACCGGAGUGGGAGCUACGAUUCGGCCGUCGUCGCGCAGACCCGUCACGACCUCCAGCUCUGUGCCCUGACUUCCUUGUUGAAACAUACCUUGACCAUGCUGGCGAGAAGUGGUGCUUAGAGUAUGACCCCAACAGUCUACUGUACGUCUCCAAGGCUAUGGACAUGUUCGAUUUGGGACAGGAACACCGCAAUCGCGUCAACAAACGCAGGGCUGCAAAUGCAAGCAGAGUGCAGGCAUACCUCGAUGGCAAAGGCAUCGAGUCUGAGGCCAUUGUAGAUGCAUGCAGCUUGACCCUCCCUGAGCAGCCUUACGAAGAGAAGGAGCAGCCUGCCGACUUCGAUGAAACCAACGUCCCUGCAACCGACGGAAGCGAGCCGCCACCCGACUUAGUCGCGGGCCUUAGACCGUUGGCCAAUACCCCGGCGCUAGUGUUAGGUGUCGCCAGUGACAUCUUGUUCCCUGCAUGGCAGCAGCGUGAGAUUGCAACCACACUCAAGCGCACAGGAAACAAAAACGUGACACACAUCGAGCUAGGUGAGGAGAAGAGCAUGUUCGGCCACGACACCUUCCUUCUUGACCUGGAGAAUGUCGGCGGCGCGGUCAAGUCGUUCCUCGGCUGAGCAACAAACGGUUGGCUUGUGAACCGUUGUCAUUUCAUGUUUCGGCCCUUCUCUUUGAUGAUUCACUGAGGCCCUAAACCAAUCGGGUAUAUAUAGCAUUCAAGCGUGGUUCUGCAUUGCAUGGCGUUUUUGGCAGGGCGGAGGAUUUGGCCCUGGAUCUGCAACUUUUAUCUGCGCCUUUGUUUCCAGCAAAUGUGAUUUGCUGAAGAUUUUGCGGAAAAAGGAGCGUGCGUCGUACAGUUUUGACAAUACUCCUCAGGGGGUGCGUUACCAUGUAAGACAGAACCGUGAAAUGAAGUGGCGAG